AUGGCGGAAAGUAGUAAGUUGAAAUCAAAUAAAAACAGCUCCGGCGAUGCUGUACCUGGACGUAAAGAACAAAUAUUAUGUCAGCCGUGUUCACAAAAGGAUUUACAAACAACAGCUGAUGUGUUUUGUUCAGACUGUGACGAAUUUCAGUGCAAUGAAUGUAAAAAGGCGCAUACUGUUUAUACAUUUAUGAAAAAUCACAAGUUAGUGAAUGCGUCAGAAGUGAAAUCGAAACCAUCUUCUUUUGAUAUGAAAGGAAUAGACAUUUGUGAACAGCACGGAAAAUUAUUGGAAUUUUUCUGUGAAGACGAGAACCAGCUCUGCUGCAGUACAUGUGCUAUAGUGGAUCACCGGAAAUGCCAUAGCGUCGUAGAAGUACAGAAGAUUGCCGGGAAGUCGCGUUCUGCUGGUUCCCAUUUAAAGCGAAAAUUAGAAGAAGUAAAAUCAAAGGCGGGGAUAAUUAUAAAGCACACUGAAUCAUCCAAAGAACAACUCAGUAAAGAUAUCAAAGCAAUAUUUGUGGAAAUUAAAAAAAUGAGAUGUGACAUGAAUAAAAUGUUCGACGACUUGGAAGUGUACGUUACCAGGAAAACUGACGUAUUUCAGGCUGAAGUAACUAAUAAACUGGCAAAGAAACGAUCUAGUGGUGAGAAACAUAUCGCUGAUGCUACAAAGUUACUUGAAGUUGUUGAUACAGCAUUGCAGAAUGGUACCCCAUCACAGCAGUUUAUAGUAGAAAAGACAUUGAAAAAACAGGCCAAUGAACUUUACAGGGGCGUAGACAAUGAAUGUCAACAAUUACAGAUUGUUACCGUUUCCUUUAGAUUUGAUGAAACAUUAAAGUUUCCACCACUCCCUAUUUCUGAUAACGUUCCAGGAAAGCUUACAUUAAAAUACACCCUGCCUGAAGCAAAGAAAUCUGUCACACCUAGUGUUGUUGCUGUAUCUGAGGAGGAAGUGGCGAUAACAGGUGGUGUUGGAUACAAGAUAGACUUUCUGCGUGUAAGUAAAUCUAAUGAUAUAACAUUGACCAGGGCAUGCAAAGUUAAGACAAAGUAUGCCUCUAUAUGUCUGAAAGAUGAGAGACAUUUUAUUGUUGGAACUAUUGAUGAUACAAGACCUGUUCGUAUUGUAUCAAUGUCAGGAGAAGAGAAAGAUUUCAGCGUCAGCUUUCCCAAUAAGAAAUACCCUAUAGAGGAAAGUGCGUGCAGCUAUAUAAGGAAUACUGAGAAGAUCAUACUAACCGAUAGGUACGAGCAUACUGUUUAUAUAUAUGACAUCGCGACCAACACCAGAGUCGUUGUCAAGGACGACCAGAUCAAGGAACCACGUGGUAUAGCAGUAGGUCCAUCCGACUGUAUCCUGGUUUGCAGUAAGGGAACAGGCUCCAUUGUUCAGGUCUCUCAGACAGGUCGGAUCCUGUCAUCGUACAAGUUAGAUAUGAAAGGUCCAUACAGAGCCUGUGUUUCAAAGGAUCAAUCUUUUGUUGUUGUCACGAAUAACUGUGUAGGUAAAAUAAAAUUACAGUGUUUCAAACUUACAGGUUCAGAGUGA